AUGGGUCACUGUAGAAAGGGCCUGGGGACAGCUUCCCUCCUCUCUGUCUUUGUGGUCCAGCCCAGGCCCCCUGCCCCCACAUUCCCUGAUUCCCAGCUCUGUGACAUCACAGAUAGCCUCCUGUCCACUCUGCCAGCUGCAGCAGCCCACCAAAACCUGGCUUCAAAGAUCUGCUGUUUAUGCUGCACAGAAUGUGAGGAGCCCCAGGUCACCGACCACGCCAAGGUUCCCAGUCAAACCCAAGAGAAGCCUUCCUGGACAGGCAGUUUGCAGGUUUUCAAGAAUGAGCUCAACAAACAGAAAUCUAAGUACACAGUCACCAAAUCCCUGAUGUCUCCAGAAACUACAUCUUCCUUCAGCAGCAGUGACCUUGAGGAUAUGGAUAUAUACACUUCCCAAAGAGGAUUUCACAAGAGGAAACUAAGCCGAUACCGCCAGGAGCACUGGCCCUUCCAGCCCUGUCUCAUUGGGAGGCCCUGAGCCUUCUAGUUACAGUGCCACGUGGGCUCUGAGCUGUGCAGCAGCUGGAGUGUCUCCAUGAGAAAGAAAGCUGUGGUCAGGAGUCAUGAAGACUGAUUCCGAAAC